AUGAUUAAACCAGUUCUCGUUAGACGUUUUUUGGCUACUUCUUCCAGAGUAGCUCGCUACCAAUCUUAUAAACCACAUAGAUUAUCACCAUCGUCAUGUCGCCAGUUCCACUCAUCUUCCUCGCAAUUAAAGGUAACUGAUCCUUAUAAGACUUUAGGGGUCGACAAGGGUGCUUCUACUAGUCAAAUAAAAAAGGCGUAUUAUAAAUUAGCUAAAAAGUAUCACCCAGACGUCAAUAAAGAAGAAGGUGCUGAAGGCAAAUUUCACGAUGUUCAGGACGCUUAUGAAAUCUUGAGUGACUCUGACAAGAAAGCCCAAUACGACCAAUUUGGCUCGUCCACAUUCGACCAGAACGGUAACUUCAACCCACACGCCGGUAAUCCAUUUGCAGGGUUUGGAGGGUUUGGCGGUGGUGCUGGUGCUGGUGGUGCUGGUGGUGCUCAAGGCGGCAACCCAUUUGGAGAUUUCAACUUUGAAGAUUUGUUUGGUGCGGCGUUCCGUGGUGGCAAUGGCAGAGGCGGCGCUAACGGUGGCAGAAGCUAUGUUACUGAGUACGUGGGUAACAACAUCGAGGUGGCGAAGACUGUGUCGUUGAAGGACGCGGUGUUUGGGAAGCACCUCAACGUGACCUACUCGGCGUUGGACAACUGUGGGACGUGUAGUGGGAGUGGGUUGAAGCAAGGCAAGGAGAAAUCGACCUGUGGGACUUGUCACGGAACUGGUCAGAGAGUUCAGUACAUGCAAGGAGGGUUCCAAAUGGCCCUGACUUGUAACAAGUGUGGGGGUACCGGAACAGUGAUUUCUCGCGACGCGGCGUGUGGCACCUGUCAUGGUGAAGGGGUCAAGCAGGUGAAUAAAUCUACCGAGGUCGAUUUGCCACCGGGGAUUUCUGAUGGCGUGAGAGUGAAGAUUAGUGGUGAAGGUGAUGCCCCAGCGGUUACCAAGUCGGCGAACGUACGGACAUACAAAGGGGAUUUGAUCAUUAGAAUCAGAAUCCAGCAAGAUCCUGCGUUCACCGUUGCUGGGAAAGACCUCAUUCACAAGAUCAAGAUACCGUUCACCACCGCCAUUCUCGGUGGUACCGUCGAAGUUCCUACUGUUGAUGGGGCAGUCUUGAGAUUGAAGGUUCCUGCCGGUACCAACAACAACAAAGUGAUCACCGUUCCAAGUAAAGGUAUUCCUAGAUCAGGCGAUGUUAACAGACGUGGUGACAUGCAAGUUCAUUUCGAUGUCUCUAUACCAAAGGCCCAAAAUGAUACACAAGUCGCCAUUUUGGAGGCAUUAGCUGACAGUUUUGGUGACUCUACCGCUACCAGAACCCAUCCAUUGAAAGAUAUCCAUGUUGAAGAUGGUCCUGUUCACAACGAAGCUCCAAAACACCAAAGUACAUUUGACAAGAUUAAGAACUUUUUAACCAAGAAAUGA